CAAACACACUGCUUCCUCUUUCAUCACAAACAGAGAGUGAAACGAGCUUUACGUCUGGUCAAAAUGACGAGUGGGCUUCUUUCAUCCGACACAGACAAGACAGAUAGAAGUCACCCACAGGGCCGAGCCGUUCUUUCAUCUGCAGCCGAAAGCACGAGGCUGUUACACUCGAAUUUGUUCCUGACAUUCCCAACUAGCAGAUAACCUUGACGUGGCCACGGUAACGAGAUGCAGCACUUGUUUUAUGUCACGUUGCUGUUGUCGCUCAUUCUGACCUCGUCUCUCAAAACCCUGGACUCGGACCAAGAGCUGCAGGACAGCGGCUUUGGCCAACCACCGCCUCGCCACGGCCUCAAGCUGCUGGUGUGGUACGUUCAGAAAUGCCUGGACAACAACAUGGUGGCUCUGUGUGACCCCACAAAGGGAGUGUAUGGGUUCCAUGAGUUUGAUAACCGAGGACCCAGGCACCUGCUUCCAGUGAUAAGGGAUAAACAGCAGUACGGGUACCACACUGUCGGUAACCUCCAUUCUCAUCAUGCUGAGGACCUACCGUAUGAAGUCAGGAAGUACUACAACCGCAGUGACCCUAAAAGUAACAUGGACAGAGUUCUGGUCCGAUACAACACCAACAACAAGCACAUCGACCAGAUCUACGCCUCUGCACAUUACGAUCCAAAAGAGACGUACAUCAUUGGGCCCAAGCUGUUUGCUUAUCUUCGACACCCAUCUACCAUCACUGAAGUAGUCCCCUGCAAAUCCAAUAUGAGAUCACUUUAAAAGCUUUGGGAUUCUUCAAACAUUUCAAACAAUCUUGAAUGAUAUAUGUUGUAUUUGGCUGCUGCUUCUUCUUUGUAGACUUGAAAAAAUACUUUGAUGAGCUUAUUCUGAGUCUUUUUUGACAUUGGUAUUCAAACUGUGGUUCUGUUAAUUGCUGAGAAAGAACAUUUUCCCCUGUUGAUGCUGCCAAGUGCAGUUUGCUUUGACAAUAUUGUUAUUCUAUGAUCAUGAUAAUAAAGUCUCUUUGAAUCUGAA